AUGUCCCUAAGUCUCCUGUGGCUGGGCCUCACCCUGCUGUGGGCCCCACAGACCCAGGCCCAGAGGCCUAACCUUAUCCCAGCCCCACCUCUGCUCAAGGUCCCUCUGCAACCUGACUUCCAGGAUGACCAGUUCCAGGGGAAGUGGUAUGUCCUCGGCCUGGCGGGGAAUGCUGUUACGAAAGAAGAACAAGGCCAGUUCAAGAUGUACACCACUACCUAUGAGCUGAAAGAAGAUGGUAGUUACAACGUCACCUCCACCCGGCUUGUGAAUAAGAAAUGUUUCCACUGGAUCAGAACUUUUGUCCCAAGUUUCCAGCCAGGCCAGUUCAACUUGGGCAGCAUUAAGAAUUUCCAAGGUGUGCAGAGUUACACAGUGCGUGUGGCAGCCACCAACUACAACCAGUAUGCCAUAGUGUUCUUCAAGAAGGUUUUCAACAAUCAAGAGUACUUCAAGACCACCCUCUAUGGGAGAACCAAGGAACUGACCCCUGAGCUGAAGGAGAACUUCAUUCGCUUUGCCAAGUCUCUGGGCCUCACAGAUGACCACAUCAUCUACCCUGUUCCAAUUGGUAAUGGCCAGUCGGGAGAAGCAGAAGGGGACAUGAGGACUGUCCAGGCCUGUGCUGCCACCCAGAGAAAGGGGUUAGUUGGGGCCUGCCCAGACGGGAGUUUCUUCUGGUUCGGCUCUCAGUGCCCUGAGCUACCUCUCCCCUUAUCCUGGGUCCUGCUGUCCUGA